AUGGCCCCCUCCAAUGUGAGCAGCAAGGGCAAGGCGAAGCCCGGCUCAAAGCCAUCGGCCACCCCACGCAGUCGAAACACCACACCACUGCCCAAUAUGCGCGCGUCAACGGAGCCCUCGUCGUCCUCGUCAUACUUCAACAAGCCCCUCAGCUCCUACCUAAAAAGAUGCGAGACUACUCUGGAGGAGAUAUUGGAUGCCGGAGGAAGCAGCACAUCGAUACCAUCGGGCAGCAAGCUGCUCGCCAUGCGCGAUAAGAUCGAGUCGACAGUGGUCAAGAACGUUGAGACGCGGUGCACGCAUUCCGAGAGCGUGUUGAGGGAGUUGCAGGGCAUGAGGAAGAAUCGAGGGCCACGGGAAAGGGAAAAGGACAAGGACACGGAAGACCGCGAGCGCAAACAGAAGCUGAAAAAGGUUGCGAAGAAGCACGAUGAGGACGGCAAGCACCCGCCCACGACAGGCGCGCAUGGCGUCACCAGACAGGAUGGUCUAGAUGCUCCGCCCUCCGCAGCUGGCGCCGGCGAUGCGGCCUCGCCCACCGGCUCUGACGUCUCACACCAGCCUGUGCCCGCGCCCGCUGUGCCGCAGUUCCAGACCUUCGGCCCAGACCCCGCCAAAUUCGACGAUCCCACCAUAUACCAUAUUCGUGAGGUCACCCCGGGCAUGUCAGCCGAGGAGCGCAAGGAGAUAUACUGUGUUGCCGACUUCCCCCCGUCUGAUCUACGCGACCGCACAGCUGGCUCACCGCCUAACAAAGACUUUUCAAACGCAAAGCCAGCAACACAGGUUAAUGCCACUGUGUUUGCCAACUAUGUGGAGCCUUACAUCCGACCGCUCACGGAGGAGGAUGUAGCAUUCUUGAAAGAGCGGGGCGAUAGGAUAGCACCGUUCGUGCUCCCGAGACGUGGAAACCGGCACUACAAGGAGAUCUGGGCAGAGGAGGAUGGCGCCAUGCACAUCGACUCGAAUGACCAACGACCAGCACCUAAUGUGCCGCGCGGUGCAGCUGAGGACGUCACUGAUGAUGUACUCGAGACUGACCAAGUAUCUACUGGUCCUCUGCUGGCCCGGCUGUUAGGUACUCUACGUCCAGAGGGACGCGGCAACCAGAAUAGCUCCAACGGUGCAAACGGUCUCAAUGACGAUGCGAUGGACAUUGACGAAGGCGCCGGUGCACCUGCAGACAGCACAAACACCAACUCGAUACCGGCCGCUACGCAGCUCCCCGACUUCCAAUCUCCAGCAUGGAAGUCUGCCCAGUCCAACGGCCGCACCGAAUACAGCGGCCUCGAGGACCGCGUCCUGAUGGAGUUGAAGCACUACGGUCUGAUCUCGGAAGCCGACGCCGAGUCCGCCGCCUACGACUCCCACUUCGAUGACGAAGUCGCCCAGCGUCUGCGCUUCCUCCAAGAAGAACUCCGCAAACAGUCCAUCGUCAACGGCGCGCGCAAACAGCGCCUCCUCGGCCUCACCGAAGAGCGCAUCGCCCAGCAGGAAUACAACACCAUCGCAGACGACCUCGACAACCAGCUCAAUGCCGCCUACCUCAAGCGCAACCGCAACAUUGGCAAGGGCAAGAAGCAGAAUAAGCGUCCUGGCGGCGCCGGCGGUGGUAGUCAUGCCAUCACAGGCACGGCUGUAACGAGACCUGGUGUUGGCGAGCCGAUCAAGACGCUCAUGGAGCGCAGGCAGCAGUGGAUCAACACCAUCGGCCCUGUCGUCAACUACGGAAAGACGGGCCUGCCUACCGAGAGCAUCUUCGAGGAAGAGAGAAUGCGAGAGCUUGAGAGCAGGGAGGUGGAGAUCUGGAACACUGAGGCUGAAGAGUAGGGCGUGGUUACUUCACUCGCAUACACGGCGUUAUCAGGGUCGGAUCUGGACUUUGGGCUUUGGCGUUUUUGGUGAAAUUGGACAUCUUGGGUCCGGGUUGUCUAUGGAAGAAUGACCGGGCGUUGUUCACGUGGCAUGGCAUUUGAUGAAGAUACCAAGGUCGAUAGUUCUACAUGUUGUGUAGCAAUCAUGCUAUGCUUGGAAAAGAAACACAGAGAAGUGAACUUU